GGAAAUUUGGACCCUCUGCCUCCCUCUCUCGCCUUCCUCAUUGGAUCCGGAGUCUUCUCCGCUGGGAAAGCUCCUGAGGAUGGCGUCCUCUCUGCUUGAGGAAGAAGCUCACUAUGGCUCCAGUCCCCUGGCCAUGCUGACAGCAGCCUGCAGCAAGUUUGGCGGCUCCAGCCCUCUGCGAGACUCAACAACCCUGGGAAAAGGAGGCACAAAGAAGCCAUACACUGACCUUUCAGCCCCCAAAACCAUGGGGGACGCCUACCCAGCUCCCUUCUCAAGCACCAAUGGACUCCUCUCCCCUGCAGGCAGUCCCCCGGCCCCGGCCUCUGGCUAUGCCAAUGACUACCCACCCUUUCCCCACUCAUUUCCUGGGCCCACUGGUGCCCAAGACCCGGGGCUGCUGGUGCCGAAGGGGCACAGCUCUUCUGACUGCCUGCCUAGUGUCUACACGUCCUUGGAUAUGUCCCAUCCCUACGGCUCCUGGUACAAGGCGGGCAUCCAUGCAGGCAUCUCACCAGGUCCUGGCAACACUCCUACCCCUUGGUGGGACAUGCACCCUGGGGGCAACUGGCUAGGUGGUGGGCAGGGCCAGGGUGAUGGGCUGCAAGGGACACUGUCCACAGGCCCUGCCCAGCCUCCACUGAACCCCCAGCUGCCUACUUACCCGUCUGACUUUGCCCCCCUUAACCCAGCUCCCUAUCCAGCACCCCACCUCUUGCAACCAGGUCCCCAGCAUGUCCUACCCCAAGAUGUCUAUAAGCCCAAGGCAGUUGGCAAUAGUGGGCAACUGGAGGGGAGUGGUGCAGGCAAACCUCCCCGGGGUGCAGGCACAGGGGGCAGUGGUGGAUAUACAGGCAGUGGGGCAGGGCGUUCUACCUGCGACUGCCCCAACUGUCAGGAGCUAGAGCGGCUGGGGGCAGCAGCGGCUGGGCUGAGGAAGAAGCCCAUUCACAGCUGCCACAUCCCCGGCUGCGGCAAGGUGUACGGCAAGGCUUCGCAUCUGAAAGCCCACUUGCGCUGGCACACUGGCGAGAGGCCUUUCGUCUGCAACUGGCUUUUCUGUGGCAAGAGGUUCACCCGCUCUGACGAGCUGGAGCGCCACGUGCGCACUCACACCCGGGAGAAGAAGUUCACCUGUCUGCUCUGCUCCAAGCGCUUUACCCGAAGCGACCACUUGAGCAAACAUCAGCGCACCCACGGGGAGCCAGGCCCCGGGCCGCCCCCAAGUGGCCCUAAGGAGCUGGGGGAGGGUCGCAGCGUCGGGGAAGAAGAAGCCAAUCAGCCGCCCCGAUCUUCCACCUCGCCUGCACCCCCAGAAAAAGCCCCUGGAGGCAGCCCAGAGCAGAGCAACCUGCUAGAGAUCUGAGCUGGGCAGAGGAAGAUCUCCAGCUCCAGGGUCCUCUUGUCCCUCGCUCUCUCCUAUGCAUGCCAUGCCAUACUCUGGGGGAUCUCUCUCUGAUCCCUUAGGCUUUCUCUUUGCAUGUCUCCUCACUCUUCUGUCUUAGCCAAAUUCCUCUCAGGCCUUUGCCGGUGCCUAGUUCCCAUGCUCUGACCUCCUGAACUCUUUCUUCUCUGCCCCUGUUCUUCACAGCUUCCAUCUGGCCGCACAUCAUUUUCUCAUUAAUUCUUUGCCAUUCAAUCUUUCUGCUUCCCAAUCCUAUUUGCCACUUUCCCGGAAGCUUCCAGGCUGUCGCCCCGAUU